AUGAAUCGCUUACCGUCUGUCGCCAGCCUGAUGUCUCCUCCAGAGGCAAAGCCCCACGACUCUUUCAACCGAACCCUCUCUCCCUCCAUCCCACAGCAGUCCUCCUUCGAGAGAGAUAACAGACUGCCCCCAAUCUCAGACGAUCGCAAAAGAAAGCAGUCCGAGAUGAUGGAUCUGCCAUCGCCACCCGUCACACCUUAUGUCGAGAGCAAGAAGCAGCGAACCAACGAUGAUGAGCCGGUCGAUAGACAGGGUGGCACUGUCGGUAGCAGCAUCAACAACCGAGACCCCGUCCUCUUCCCUCGCUCAGACGAGAGUGCUACCGCCAUCCCCAAUGAUGAACCACUCUUCGCUUCAGACGAGGCUACAGUCGCCGACAUCGACCAACACAUUGCUGCAAGCUCAUACAAACUCAAAGUAUCCAAGGAACACCUGCCCAGCCGUCGAGAGUAUCUCUACUUCUGGUCCUGGGUCACCACCCAGUACAAUGCAAACCCAGCAGCCUAUGCCAGGGACGAGCGUGCCCGCUUGGAUCGCCAGAUGUCAGAGAUGAAACAGUAUCGACCCAUCGUACGACCGUCGACCACCAAGCUCAAGACCCUGGCUCCCGCACCUGCAACAAGACGCAGACCCAGCAGCAGCGCUUCUCCACCUUCAAAUGAGGUAUCCAGGCCUGUUCGUCCGCCAAGGGCCAGACGAAGCCCCAAGUCGACUCCCAAGACCAAAGUCCGGGAUUCAUUCGACUCAUUGCCCAAGCCAACCCGUGUAAUCGGUGCCAACCGUGAUGAGACAGAUUACCGCUUGCUGCCCAACUUCUGUCCACCCAUAGAGACCCUCCGCGGCAACACCAAGGGCCUCAAGGCCGACUGGAAGGGCCAAUUGCUCGAUCUCUCGGCAGACCCGGACCGCGAUGCUCUUGAUCCCGCUGAGAUCGGUCUGGCUUCUACCCUACGUCUCUCUUGCGCUAGCUAUCUCGCUAGUAAGCGCCGCAUCUUCGAGGCAAGAGUCAAUGCCUUGAGAGCUGGCAAAGAAUUCCGCAAAACCGACGCUCAGCAGGCCUGUAAGAUCGAUGUCAACAAGGCCAGCAAGCUCUGGACUGCAUACGAGAGAGUCGGAUGGUUGGCUGAAGAACAUUUCCGCCAAUACGUCUAA